AUGCAGCCGUCCCACGCGGCUCCCGGCGGUAACCGACCUCGGCCACAGCAGCCCGUCAACCGGUUGGUGGUUUCCGCCCUGCAAUUUCAGUCGUUCAUGCUCCGGUCCACCUCGGGCCUCCCCGGCGAGAAAGAGGAGGUGGUCAUUCGCCUCGCCAAUCUCCCCAAUUUCCUGUUCGAGGUCAACAGUCUCGCCAUUGCCUACUCGCGUGCUCUGUCCAAGCCGAAAUCCAUUCGCAUUCUCGGGCAACUACGCACUAGCUACCCAAACAUCCUCAAGGGCGAGGUCAUCACCCCACCCUUCUGGACCAUCAACAGCAACACGCCGCCUCCUGGCCCUCCAGUCCCCACUCUCCUUCCGAGCCCUUGUUUAUCUGAGAUCUUGAAGCUGAUUGCCUCGCUCAGUCCCCUGGAGGAGCUUCACAUUUCCGACGUGGACUUCGGGUCAGACGCUCAGUUGCACCAAGUUGCCACCAUGUUCGGGGCAAUUCCCAGCGCGAAUAGCGUGUAUUAUGAAAUGGCCCUCACCUUCUAUCACAGGCUUCUUGCCAAUCGCCAGCUUCGUAGCCUGGAGCUAGUCAGUAAGUUCUCGGACCUGAGCAGAGUGAAUGUUGGCCGCUUUACCACCCAAGCCAUCGCCGAGGCCCUCCCCUCCAACAGCAGCAUCAAUGCGUUGACCCUUUACCGCUGUGGCUGCGACGUCGACUCGCUCGGGCAAAUCGUCAACACCCUGAAGACGCGCCCCGGUCCCUUCUCCCUAACCGUGUGCCUGGGAAAUGCGCUCCUUCUGGCCAGCACAGCCGAGCACUUUGCCCAAGUUUUCUCCCAGCUCUCCGGUUUGGUUCAUCUGUCACUUUCAGAUUGCAGCAUGACCCAGGACUUUGCCAAGGUCAUUGCCCCGUCCCUCGGCGGCCUCACCAGCCUCGAGUCUCUCAGUCUAUCAUAUAAUCCCUUGCUUUCGGCCGGGCUUGCCCUCUUCGUCCCCGCCCUCACAACUUUGCCAAAGCUCGAGAAGCUGCUGCUGCGAGACUGCCAUCUGGACUCCAGCUCCUGGCCCCUCAUCACCCAGCUUGUGCAGGGUGUACCCUCACUUCGUUCGCUUGACAUCAGCUUGAACAACUACCUCAACGAGACGGGCAAUUCGGUUCCCACCUUCGGAAGCGCACUCCGUUCGCUUGCCAUUUCAAAUUUCACCACCACACCUGCCCUCAUGGAGUCCAUGGUCGACGAGCUGACCAAGAUGACUAGCCUGGAGUCCCUGGAAUGGCAAGGUUUCCAGUACUCGUCCAGUGUCAUCCAUCCCUCCGCGCAAGCCUCCGCCGUCAACCUCGCUGUUGGCCAGGUGAUCAACUCCCUCGGACGCUUCUUUUUGUCGCACCAGACGCUGACCUCCCUCGAUCUGAGUGGCACCCUUUUCGAUCAGGAGUAUCCCGGCGAGACCUUCCUCGAGUCGCCAACUCUCCAAACAGUCCGCCUGUCAAAGUGCCACUUCUCGUCGUCCUUCUCCUUUGCCCUGGCCACUGGACUUGGGCGGUGUCCUGCCCUCGUGAGCCUGGACCUCAGUCACACUCCCCAAACGCAUGGGACCCUGGGGCGCCUUGUGGCCGGGCUGAAGAACUCCACCGCCAUCACACAUCUGGAUGUCAGCCAAACGCACUUGAACGACUUUGCGGCCGGCGUCCUGCGCAACCUGCUGGAGGGCCACCGGACACUCCUGUCGCUGAAUGUCAGCUUCAACACCCUCGGCCUGGCCGGCAUGUCACACAUCCUGACCGGACUAUUGUCGAACAACGUCCUCCGGUCACUGCGGAUGGAGGCGUGCACAGUGCCAAAUGCCCCUGCCCCGGAGGGGAUUCUCCCUCUCCUGGGGAAUCUCUUCCUGACCAACUCCUCCCUGCAGCUGCUGGACAUGAGCCGGUCGCUGGAAUUCGACGUGACACCGGUCUUGGACCACCUUCGGCAGAACACCUCGCUGCUUUUCUUCUACCCAACUGCCCAGAGUGGCGGGGCCUUUUGA